AUGUUGCGAAGGUUGAACGGACAGGAUCUGGUGACAUUGAGUAUGUGGGUUGAAUGAGAGAGAUGACUCGAAUAAAGCCAAAUUUACAGGCUCACGAGACAGGGAGGAUGGUGGUGAUUUGCCCAAGCUCACACAGCAGACAUGUGGCAGCGCUGGGAUUAGAACCCAGGUUCUCUGACUCCCAGGCCUGUGCUCUUUCCACUAGACCACGCUGUAAGGAGCUAGGAUUGUUCCUAGUGGGGAGAACGCAGUGUGAUGUCGGAAGAAACGGUGCUUCCCAAGAGCUUUCCAAGAAACUUCCAAAAGACUGAGAGACUGGAGCCGCUGCCACACCACCUGCCAGGAUGAUUCCUUCCAAGCCCAGACUGGUCGUGCCCUAUGGCCUGAAGACUCUGCUGGAGGGCGUCAGCCGGGCCAUCCUCAGAACCAACCCACCCAACAUCACCCAGUUUGCCGCGCUCUAUUUCAAAGAGCUGAUUCUAUUCAGAGACGCCAACUCUUCACUGGAUAUCAAAGACCUGGUCAAAGAGUUCCACCAGAUUAAAGUAGAGAAAUGGUCAGAGGGAAGAGAGGAAGAGACGAAAGCGGAGGACAAGGUGUCGAGAGAGGUGCUGCCCCCACCCGCGCCGCCGCUGCAGCCGACCCCCGUGAGCCCCAAAGAAGAGAAGAAGGAAGUGUCGCGGCAGGAGAAGUCGACGGACACGGAGGAGGACAACAUGGCGGGGCCGCUGUACAGCAACAAGACCACCCAGUUCCCGUCCUUCCACGCCGAGGUGCCGGAGCCGGAGCCGGAGCCGGAGGAGAGGCCGGAAGCGGCCUCCAGCCCCAAGCCGUCCUCGCCGCCGCCCUCCCCCUCGCCGCCGCCCCCACUGUCGGCGGCCUCCCCCGAGCUGGUCUACGUCCCGGCCGACCCGGCCCAGCUGGCCGCCCAGAUGUUAGGUAACGUUGCGUCGGAUCACUCCGAGGUGUUAAUGGUGGACGUGGCCACGGGCGUCCCCUCCCUCCCCGAGGUGGCGUCCGGCUCCGAGGAGUCCAGCGGCACCCCCUCCGCCGAGAGCGCCCUGGGGGCCAUCACCACCGUCCGCAUCUCUGGGGUCUCGGGCGAGUCGGUGGUGUCGAGCCGGGCCUCCCUCCAGGCCGAGGCGGGGCCCGCGGCCGAGCCUCCGGCGGGCCCCCCGCCGGACGACCGACCCGCCCCCGAAGCCCCCGCGCCGCCGGCCGAUCUCGAGGUGACGUCCACCGUCGAGAUCACGCCCGUCUAUGACGAGGAGCGCGGGGCCGAAGGGGAGGCUUACGUGGAGCAGAUCCCCGCACAGAUAGUCAUCCCCUUCACUGACCAGGUUGCCCGUCUUCAAGACACCACACCGUCGUCGCCGGGCCAGGGCCGGGUGGCCGCCCGGACCCCCUCGGAGGGGUCGGCCAAGUCGGCCGGCCCCGGGGCUGCCGCCCCAGAGGAGGACGGGAAGCCUCCGGGGCCCGUGGAGGAGAGCGCCGGUGGGGGGCUCUCCGCCGGGUCCUCUGAAAGAUCGGUGCCCUCGCGCGAGGGCGUUAAGGCGGUCCCUUCGGUGAAAUCGGUGCCCUCGGCCCAGUCGGUCCACCCCGAGGCCGGGCCCCGGGCGGCGCCUUCCGCCCAAUCCGUGCCCCCGGAGGAGGGCGUAAAGCCGGCCCCGACCGAGCCGGCCGGAGGGGCGGAGGUCCAGGCGGCCCCUUCCGCGGGGUCCGCGGCUAGCGGGGGCCCCGCCGACCCAGACAACGACCCACCGGGGGACCCGGCCCCUUCAGCAGGUUUGCCAACAGGAGAUGCUGAAAAUGAUGAUGAGGCUGUUUAAGCCAGGAUUCAAGGUGGACUCAUCCACCCUGGAUGGUUUAAUAAUAAACUUCAUGCAAGCAACC